AUGAAUCGAAACGUAUCUUGUGUGCUUUGCGGCGCUCCAAUCACUGAGCCUGAGGCCGAGGAUGCAUCACACAGGUGGAUGAGCUCUUUUCGCGCACUGUACACGGUCUGGGAAAAUUGGUCCCAACCGCGAAUGUCGGGUGUCGGGCGAUGCAGCUGGCGUAAUGUGAUUCCGCUAGAUGAAGCCGUGGCAAGACAAGCUCCAUCGGCCAUCGUCGACCAAGUGUGGAUGAAGGUGAACCUCUUGAUGCACCAUUUCGACCCGGCGCUUCAUGUUGAGUGGAACCCACAGACCGUUUGGGGGUUUCCGCUCCAUGAUUGUUGCUGGCAUCUGCUCCGUUUAAACGACCCUGAGGUCCCGGAGUAUGUAGUAGUCCGGAGUCUCUUUGACCUUUGCAGGUCUCAACCGAUUCAGCAGCAUAAAAAAAUGGACUGGGGUCAUGAUUAUGCAGGCUUGCUGCCGUAUGAACUGGCACCAACAGCCGUUUGUCCAGGCGAAUCCGCCAUUCUGAGGGGAAGGUCCUUGAUUGGUGGGACCUACUUGCCUGACCCUAUCAACAUACGAGAGCUCCAGCCGAUUCUCGAUCAGGAGGGUUUGGAGUUGACCUCCGAGCACCGUGGCCAGUUGGUAUCUUCCAAGAUCAGCCAAGAUCCUUUCGCGAUAUUCCCGCAUGAGAUCCUCGAUGAAAUCUUGACCGACCUCGAUUCGGCGGAUGUUGUCUCUUUAUUGAUCGCCUCCAGAAUGUUCGCUAGUUCAGGGCUGCCGGGAAAAUUCUGGCACUCACGUUUCUGGCCCGGCAAGGAGUUCUCUCACAUUUUUGAACUUUGCGGACAACGAUCGUCCGCACCCAGAAACUGGCGCCGGACAUAUGAGCGAGUCAAAGCAAUCAACGAUAAUUCGGCUUUAGAGAACCGAAGACGCAUCUGGAGCCUGGCUUCUAAGCUAAAUACGCUGAUACGCGCUCGGGCACAGCUGAAAGAUUGUCAAGGUAUCCCCAUCGCGCCAAGCGAGGGAUGUGAGAGUAGAGAACCAUACCACUGGAACCAGCACAUGGGAAGUGUGUCCUCUUUCUACAACUACUUUACUCGAGGCUCAAGGGCGCUCUAUUAUAGAAAGUCCCUUCUAGAAGGAUGGAUCAAGAAGAUCACUAUUUCAGUCAACCAUCUCAAUGGAAGGACUUAUAUCUGUGGACUCUCCUUUGUUCACCAGCAAGGGAAUACGAGCAUCGGCUACCACCCCGUUGGCCGAAGCGGUCAACAGAUCGAUUUCUGCAACUCAUCGCCCUGCCGAUACUCUAUCUCAAGUUUUGAGAUUGCUCGGGACCCGCGAGGAAUUCGAGGGAUAAGAAUACUGUCAAAUGAAGAUGGCUGGUCAGGAUGGAUCGGGGACCAUGUCGAUCUGCCCAAAAAAAUAAUCUCGUGCGAACGGUCGUAUGAAGGGUCCGUUGAGCCAACAAUUACUAUUAUUGCAGGGUUUGACGCAAGCAAUGAAUAUGGUCGUGUUGAGGACAGAUGGAGCAGGAACCGCACGAUUACGUUAUGGUAUCCAGAGAUUCCGGAUCCUUGCCUCCAUCUUAUAGGAGCUGAGCAUGAGAGGCUUAUGGAGUACAGGGGAGCCCUUCCACACUCUGUAUGCAUGUUCGGGGGGCCAGAUGGAGCAUGGCUUCCUCAUCUCACGGAAGUAAUUGUAUGGGGCAUCGAUCGGUCUUCUCUUGGUGAAACGGGCAACAACACUCUGGUAUUCGGAAUCGAAUUCAAAUAUAACAAGGGAGUCGAUGAUGGCCGAGAUUCAGUAAUACUUGGGUAUACCUAUGCGGCACACAUGGCCACACCUUAUUCAAGUGCACAUCGUAUCUUGAUCGACUCGGCAGGUGGUGAGCGCAUCACUGGGGUUGACGUCAUGUACCAAGACCCAGAUCAAAUGGCUGGUUUCAUUGUUUACACAUCUUCAGGCCGAAGAAGGGAAUUUCCACCUCAUUGUAAGCAUUACAUGCAAGUGGAUGCUGAAGAGGACGGGUGCGAUUCCUUUUCCGAGGAGCUUCGACCACCAUCGGAGACUUGUAUAGUAGGAUUGUAUUCCACUCUCGAACACAACGAGAUCGGGGUAACAGGCAGUUAUGACAAGACACUAAUGGACUUGGGAUUGAUUUGUGCAAAGAAAGUAUGA